AUGCCACUAUCCAUUACAAACUCUCUCUCUCUCUCUCUCUCUCUCUCUCUCUCUCUCUCUCUCUCUCUCAUUCUUGCGUCUAUCUAUUCAUAUCUAUCAAUUAAAGCCUUCCAAUUUUUAAUCUUCGUCUACCUAUGUUCCACCCACUCUCUCACUUUCUUUCUCUCUAUCAUUAUAUCUAUCUAUUUUCUGACUGAAUACCUACCUAAGCCUGUUCAUAUCUAUCUAUCUAUCUAUCUAUCUAUCUAUAUAUAUAUAUAUAUAUAUAUAUACAUACAUAUUCUCAGUCUCUUCAUAUCUAUCUAUCUUUCUAUUCUCAAUCUGUUGAUAUCAAAAUAUCUCUUUGUAUCUAUUUAUCCAUCUAUUCUCAAUCUGUUCAUAUCUAUCUAUCUAUUUAUCUAUUCCCAGUAUGUUCAUAUCUAUCUAUCUAUCUAUCUAUCUAUCUAUCUAUCUAUUCUUAGUCUGUUCAUAUCUAUCUAUUCUCAAUCUGUUGAUAUCUAUCUAUCUAUCUAUCUAUCUAUCUAUCUAUCUAUCUAUCUAUCUAUUCUCAGUCUGUUGAUAUCUACCACCUAUAUCAGUAUAUGA